AUGCCGCCGAGAAAGAAAGUCCAGGUGGAAGAUCGCCGUGAGGUGGACGAUGGGAGGCCAACCGUGGCGGAAUUGGAUGGCGGAAGUGCCUUUGCGCAGUUGGCGCAGCAGCACUGGUUAAAGCCCUCGAAGAAAUCGGCGAAAGUCAAGGUCAAGCACGACGUCUUGAAGACCGAGAUAUGGGACGUGCUGGAGAAGGAAGACUUUGCUUUCAAGUCACUUCUGGCUUUGGAGAAUCUGCAGAUCCUAGAAAACUAUCUUUGGCCAGGAUACUCCGAGGAUUCGUCCAAUUACCAAGUCAUCCUUAUUGUGUUGAUAUCGAAUGUUAAAGCCCGCGAGCAUCUGCCAAUAUGGGACAUAUUCUCAGACAAUGCGCCCGGAUUCUCAACCCUCUUCAAAAGGAUACUAUCUAUGAUGCUGGAUACCACACUCUCUGCAAAUAUCCGUACCCACCUACUUUCGUUCAUUAUAAAUGCUUUCCAGUCUUUGGACAGUGGCAUAGUGAGGAAAGAGUGCGCUCCUUUGGUGUCCAUUUCGAUAUGGCACAACAUCACGAAUGAGAACAAGCGAGAUCGCAAGCUCGACCAGAGCGUACAGUUGAGAAAGGCUUGGAGAGCAGCUGCCAAACGGUAUGAUGCGGCGGAUGAUGCGACCAAGCCUCGGUUACGGUUUGAGAGAUCGUGGUUGUUUACCUUGAUCCUGGAUUUCUUCAACCAGCUUUACAGUAACAUGAAACCAGACAAUGUCCUUUACUGCGAGCGAUUCAUGGAGUUUCUAUCAGACCUACAGAGUCAACUCCCUACGAGAAGAUAUGUCAACACACUCCUCCAGGAUCUGAAUACACUCUCAGCGAUACGACUGUCACCGGCCUUCAAUGACGAGGGCAAUGGCCUUCUAAGGGAUUUAUAUGCUCUGCUGAAGCAUUACACAUACUUCUCAAUCGACGAUUAUACUGGCAUCCAGCACACCCGUACCGAAGCAUAUGAACGACACUGUGCCACAUUGGCUUCGUUACAACGAGUUGCUCUCAAGCAUUUCAAGGAGAAAUUGACUGUGCUCGCUCUGUCAAAUUAUGGCUCAAUAGACAAGCGAACGGAGCUUGAGGAUCAUCUCAAACCCCUCACAGAUGCCGAAGUCACUGAACUUUGUGAGCUCCUCGACUUCCGCACAUCAUAUCCUGCCUCGACAAAAGUAGCAGCAGAUCGCCAAUUUCUUACUGAGGUGCUGCUAUCUGGACAUGAGAAACGGAAGACUUUUCAGGAGACGGCACGUGAUCUCAGUAUCCUUCCUACGGAGCUCACUCUUUUCGAGCCUACUUUGUACCUUACGGUUGGGGAUUUCCUAUGGAGAUCAUUCAUCCUUCAUCGUUGCGAAUCUUUCUAUGAAAUUAGAAAGCAUGUUGAAGAUACCUUGAAACGCCUGCGACCUACGAUGAACCGGAAUAGUCAGACUACUUUUGAUGGGUUCUCCAGAAUGGCGUUACCGAUUACGAAGCCAGCCAUAAUGGAAGUCGUCCCACCUCUAGUUGGUGAUGAUAACCCUUCAAUAGUGCGCGCGGAGAUCACAUUAGAUGUAAGUCGUUUAGCAGACAACGUUCGGCGAGAAUGGGAGUCAUUUCGUCAGGACGACGUGAUCUUUCUAUUAGCCGUACAAGCUUCAGAUGACAACAAAAUGAUCACUAAUGGUGGUUCAAUAUCCGACGCCCAAAAGCUAGGCGUGAAAUAUCUUCGAGCAGCCGAGGUCACCCAAGUGCUGGACGAUAAAGGACGCUCACUGAGAGAUCAAAACAAUCAGGCCAACGGCCAUGGCCGGCCUCGGGUCCGCAGGUUACAAGUAAAGCUUGAUGCUGCUAUGUUCAAGGAGGACAUGCAACGAGCGAGCAAUGGGAAACCAGACAUCUAUGAAAGUAUAAAUGUGGUCGUUCGGAGAAAUGGCAGAGAGAACAACUUCAAACCUAUCCUGGAAUCAAUUCGCAGCCUGACCCUGUCAGAUGUACCCCUGGCAUCAUGGCUUCACGAAGUGUUCUUGGGUUAUGGUGAUCCCGCUGGAGCUAGUUACACUCACUUGUCCAAUCGAAUCAAGAAGGUCGACUAUCGGGAUACUUUCCUCGACUGGCAACAUCUAAUUGCAAGCUUACCAGGGAAAACGGUGGAGCCGAGCGAUGAUGAAGAUGGCAGUUUCGGGCCUCCAUAUGUUCUUCAAACAGUCACUAAGUUGGCAGAAAUUCCAGCCGCAAAGCCUUCUAAGAAAAGGCGGCGAGAUGCUGAGCCAGCAGCACAAGUUCAACAUCAAUCCAUCGAGGUGUCAACGUAUAAACCUGAGAACACCGGACCUUAUCCGACAGAUGCUCCAAAACUCAAUCAUGUUCGAUUCACUCCAGCCCAAGUUGAUGCUAUCAUCUCAGGAACUCAGCCAGGGCUUACGGUGAUUGUGGGACCUCCGGGAACGGGAAAGACUGACGUUGCCACUCAAAUCAUUAACAACAUAUAUCACAAUUUCCCGAAUCAACGGACACUCCUGAUUGCGCAUAGCAACCAAGCCUUGAAUCAACUUUUCCAAAAGAUAGUCGCAUUGGAUAUUGAUGAGCGCCACUUACUCCGGCUUGGCCACGGUGAAGAAGAUCUAGAUACCGAGGCCAACUUCAGUAAACAUGGUCGAGUGGAAUCAUUCCUACAGAACACAGGAGGAUAUCUCAUGGAGGUUGAUCGACUGGCCGCGAACUUUGGUGCCCCUGGAGCUCACGGUGCCUCGGCUGAGACUGCUGGUUACUUCAAUUCUGUCUAUGUGGAGCCCGCCUGGACGAGAUUUGAGGAGGUAUCUAAAUCUCCAGAAUCUACGGUGGAGUCUAUUAUCGAAGCUUUCCCGUUCCACAAUUACUUCGCCAAUGCUCCUCAACCACUAUUCCCGGCCGAUGCAGACAAGGAAACGAUACUAGACAUUGCUAGCGGUUGUUAUCAUCACGUCUCAAAGAUCUUCACAGAACUUGCAGAUAUUAGACCUUUUGAAAUCCUGCGACGCGAUCGAGAUAGAUCGAACUUUCUCCUCACAAACGAAGCCAGAAUAAUUGCCAUGACAUCAACCCACGCAGCGAUGAGGAGGCAGGAAAUUGCAUCACUUGGUUUCCACUAUGAUAAUGUCAUCAUGGAGGAAGCUGCUCAGAUCACCGAGAUUGAGAAUUUCAUUCCCCUUGCCCUUCAGAAUCCCAAGAACGGCGCCAUGCCGCUGCAAAGAGUGGUUCUUUGCGGUGACCAUUAUCAGAAUUCACCUGUCAUCCAAAAUCUCGCCUUCCAUCAAUACGCAAACCUCGAACAAUCCCUCUUCUCUCGGCUUGUCCGUCUCGGUGUUCCUACAAUCGACCUAGACCAACAAGGUCGCGCUCGGCCAUCGAUAGCGGAGUUGUACUCGUGGCGUUAUAAGAACCUAGGCAAUUUACCUCUCGUCUCUACCUCACCUGAAUUCCAGACCGCCAAUGCUGGCUUCAGAUACGACUAUCAAUUCAUCCAGGUCAAUGACUAUAAGGGAAAAGGGGAAUCGGAGCCGACUCCACAUUUCAUUCAGAAUCUUGGAGAGGCAGAAUACGCUGUAGCAAUUUUCCAAUAUAUGAGGCUACUUGGAUACCCAGCAUCCAGUAUCAGCAUCCUAGCUACCUAUGCCGGUCAACGUGCGCUUAUAAAAGAUGUCUUGGAUCAUAGAUGCGCCAAGAAUCCCCUCUUCGGACUCCCAAAAAUCAUUACAACAGUCGACAAAUAUCAGGGGGAGCAAAAUGACUAUGUCAUUCUCUCCCUGACUCGUACCUCCCGCGUCGGCUACCUCCGCGACAUCCGUCGGCUAACUGUCGCCCUCUCCAGAGCACGUCUCGGACUCUACAUCUUAGGCCGCCGGGAAGUCUUCGAGUCCUGCUUUGAACUUCGUCAGGCCUUCGAAAUCCUGUUGCAGAGACCAGAUAAGUUGCAGCUUGUUACCGGCGAGCUCUUCCCUACUAGCCGCAUGCUGAAGGAAGAUGAUGUGCCGGGUGAGACACAGAUGGAAGGUGUGGAGCACCUAGGACAAUAUGUGUACGAGAUGACGAACUCAAAAGUUCAACAGCUCAGAGCAGAACGAGGAUUGCCGGAGGCAGAGUUAGCGAUACCAAAGACUGGGGAUGCGGAAGAGGUGGAGGUGGAGGAGGUAGAGAUGGCAGAGGGUUUUGAGGCCGAAGAAGCUGAAGAAGCUCGAGAGAAUGUCUCAUAG